UUCCCCACAACCCUCUCACUCCCAAAUCUCUCUGUUCUCACCAAAAACCUAAAUCUCUCUCUCAAAUCUUCAAAUUUCCUAUACGAAAUCGCUUAAAAGAUGUCAGAAGGCUACGCAAUCGAACUCUACUUCGACCCAGCACUCGAGAACCAAGUCUUGAAAGCUUGGAACGUCUUCGCUCGUCGUCAAAUCAGCACAAAGCUAAUCAACAACGAGUCUCGUCCACACAUAACUUUAUUCUCAACUCAAUUCAUCGAUUUAACAAAGCUCGAACCAAUCCUCAAAUCAUUUGCAUCGAAGCAAGAACCAAUCUUUCUCUCUUUCUCUUCAAUAGGAAGCUUCUCAAACGACAACAAUGCUCUGUUUCUUUCUCCGACGCCGUCUCUUUCGCUUAUUCAGCUUCAGGUUCAGUUAUGUGAAGCUAUGAAGAAAGAAGGGUUUGAGAUUGGUGAAGAGUAUUGUGUUGAUUCUUGGGUUCCGGUUUGUCCUGUGGCUAUUGAUGUGCCUAAGUCACGUAUCGCUGAAGGGUUUUUGGUUUUGAGAGAUUUGAUGCUUCCUGUGAAUGGUUAUGCUAUGGAUAUUGGGUUGGUUGAGUUUUCUCCUGACCGUGAAGUCUUCUCUUUUGGUCUUGGUAACAAUUUGGAUUCUUGAUUUCAUGUUUUGAUAAGUUUCAGGUUGAUUAGUUCCAUGUAAUUCCCAUUGGUUUAGAUAUGAAAUGUUAACUAUUGAAGCUACAAUGCAUUAUCUGAGGAAUAGUUUGAUUAUCUGUAAAAAAGUUUCGAACUUGAUGAUGUUUAUGGAACAUUGUGGAUAGCAAUUGUGUUUCUGUAUCGAAUUGUGCCGUA